AAAGAGUCAUAAACAUGUAGACCAUGACAUCACAAUUUACACAUCUAUAAAACAAAAACUCUGCUUCCUCAGCUAAACACUAACACCAUUCUCCUUAUCUUCACAAUGGCUUCUUCUUCUUCUGCUAUCCAUUGCUUCCUUCUCCUCUCAAUAGCCCUUUUCUCAGUUUGCCACUUCCCAACAACAUCACAAGCUCUCAAAAUCAUUCCACGUUCUUUUAUCCUUCCCAUAAAAAAAGACCCUGCCACCAACCUCUUCUACACUUCACUUGGAGUAGGAACUCCUCGCCAAAACUUCAAUCUUGCCAUUGAUCUUGCAGGAGAAACCCUCUGGUACGAAUCUGACACUCAUUACAACUCAUCCUCUUACCGUCCAAUCCAGUGUGGCUCAAAAAGAUGCACUGAAACCAUAUGUGCUAACUGCAGUGGCCCCUUCAAACCAGGUUGCACAAACAACACAUGUCUUGCUAGUACAACCAACACAUUAUCCAAAUUCAUUUUUGGUGGUACCCUUGGUGAGGAUACCAUCUUCUUUUCAAAAUUCCAACUGCCUGGUUUGCUUGCUGGCUACUUUGACACUGAUAAGUUGUCACCAUUCUUCAUUGGUGACAAUUCACCAUUUUUUGGGUUACCCAAAACCACCAAAGGAAUCAUAGGCCUUGCAAGAUCACAACUUGCUCUGCCAUUACAGCUUGCAGAGGCAAACAAGCUUCCUGCAAAAUUUUCCCUCUGUUUGCCUUCUUCAUCAAACAAGCAAGGAUUCACCAACUUGCUUAUGAAUCAUGUGGAAGAACAUUAUAAAUCUGUUGAAUUUCAAACCACACCACUCAUUGUGAACCCUGUUGCCACAGGUGCAGUGACUAUUCCGGGUGGUGCUUCACAGGAAUACUUCAUUGAUGUGAAAUCAGUGUUGAUCAAUGGCAAUGUUUUGAACUUGAAGCCUUCCAUGCUGUCAAUUGACAAAAAGGGAAAUGGGGGCACCAAAAUCAGCACCAUCAGUGCUUUCACUGAGCUACAAAGCUCUGUAUACAGAAUCUUCAUUCGAGAAUACCUCAAGGCUGCUUCUGAUAGUAAGCUAAAGAGAGUGGCGGCAGUGGCACCCUUUGAGGCUUGUUACGAUUCAACCACCAUUUUUAAUACUUUAGCUGGACUUAAUGUGCCAACAAUUGAUCUAGUGAUGCAAGGGGGAGCGCAGUGGAAGAUUCUUGGAGCCAAUGCGAUGGUGAUGGUGAAGAAGAAUGUAGCAUGUCUGGCAAUUGUUGAUGGAGGGACAGAACCAAGAAUGUCAGCUGUUAAAGCUUCCAUUGUUGUUGGUGCACAUCAGUUGGAGGAUAAUCUCUUGGUGUUUGAUCUGGCUUCUUCCAAAUUAAGCUUCAGCUCAACACUUUUGCUAUACAGUUUGAGCUGUUCCUCUUCCUCCUGAUGAGUGUCUUAGUUUCAUCUUUGAUAUUAGCCAUGUUGAAUAAUGCAGCUCAGAAUAAAAUACGAUAUGUUCUGUUUUUGCUGUAAAUAGGAAACCGAUUAAUGUUGUGUUUUGCCAUUUUUUAUGUACUAAUCCAUACUUAUAUGGAAAAUAAACUAAACUAAAAUAUUUUGUCUUAUUGGAUAUGGGAAUACUGAACUCAUACCUUCCAAAAUGAAAUCA